AUUCAACAGCAAGAAGUCAACUGAAAAUCUGUUCUCUACUGCUGUUAGGAUCUUAAGGUUCUCUGUUGAUGAUGCUCUGUGUUAUUUUCCCACUCUAAAUUGUAGUCACAAAAGUCAUUUUAGGGCCUUUUGGUGCCUUGGUGUUAAGUACCCAGUUAUGUAUAUCUGAUCCAUAAAUUUCUCUGAUGUGACCCUGAGAAUGGCAGUUGCGUGAUAUAUCCCCUCACCUCAUUGGCCCACAAACCCAAAUGAAAAACGGAAAGCCAAAACUUAGUUGACCACCUGGAAUAGGGUAGGGAUAAUUUACCUGGGUUGAGGCUUCUUGCUUUAGAAAUGGGAAGAUUUUAUACAAAGAAUAAUCAUCAGAAAUCUCCGUCUAGUAAGAAGGCUGAAUAAUCCUGAAAUAGCAGAAAUAAAUCAGUUCUGCUCUUGAAUUGUGUAGCAUUGCUCCGUCUUAUGCCCUUCCCCUGUCCCCUACCAAAACAACAUGCAGAUGAGGAGUCCAGUUAUUCAUUUAACAGAUAAUUAUUGAGUGAUUUUUUUUUUUAAGUACCAGGAACUUAUCUGAGAACUGGAGAUAAAGCAGUGAACAAAGUAGACAAACCCCUCACUCCCUAGAGUUUAUAAGUUAGUGGAGGAACGAGAUAGAGAAUAACCAAAUUCAUACUAUGUCAGAAAAACAUAUCAGGGUUUAGGUGAAAAGGUUAGUGUGCCUUUGUUUUCAGUGUGGAUCAGUUUAAGUAGGACCCAUGAUAUCCUACCUAAGAAAGGCUUAGGACAAAUUCUAAAUGUGUCAUGUGUAAUUUUUGCAACUUUAAUUUGGAGAAGUAAGUCUUGGCUUAGAAAGUUGAUAAAAAUGAAUUGUGAUCUCUUUGGAUCCCAGCUUCUUUCUAUGCAGGCUUGAUGCUUUGUAGCGGCUUUUGUGAUAUUUGUGGUAAUCUUCCAGUGGCUUCUAUAGUUGUGUCAGGUUCUUUUCUCUGAUUUGCCAGGUUUGUUUCCUCUGGUUGGUAAUAUUGUUAGAUAUAUUGUUGUAUAAUAAACACUUUAGAGUCUGAUAUGUCCUGUGUGUUUUUGUCCUAUACAGAGAUCAGGGUGGUCUCUUUUGGUUCCCUAUUAUCUAAACUUCCUUUUAAUGAGAAAUAGUUAAUAGAGCUCAGAUAUCCACAUUGAUGCAUAUUCUUCUCAAGCCCUUGUCCAUAACCUUUUCUAGUCCACCAAUUGCUGAAUUCCAGAGAUUGCUACUUCUAGGACCGUAUGGAAACAACUUCUAAGAUGAUCCAAUAAAAUGAAUGGAUAGAAUGACAGAAGAUGCUCUUCGCCUGAAUCUGUUGAAGCGGAGCUUGGACCCAGCCGAUGAGCGAGAUGAUGUCCUGGCCAAGCGACUCAAAAUGGAGGGGCAUGAGGCCAUGGAACGUCUGAAAAUGUUGGCACUGCUCAAACGGAAGGAUUUGGCAAAUCUGGAGGUGCCACAUGAUUUGCCCACCAAACAGGAUGGCAGUGGUGUCAAGGGCUAUGAAGAGAAACUUAAUGGGAAUCUCAGGCCUCAUGGAGACAGCAGGACUUCUGGAAGGCCAGGCAAAGAAAACAUCAAUGAUGAGCCUGUGGAUAUGAGUGCUAGACGGAGUGAGCCAGACCGAGGAAGGCUAACUCCCUCCCCAGACAUCAUUGUUUUGUCUGAUAAUGAGGCUUCCAGUCCCCGUUCCAGCUCCCGAAUGGAAGAAAGACUCAAAGCAGCCAACCUAGAGAUGUUUAAGGGGAAAGGCAUUGAGGAACGGCAGCAGCUCAUCAAGCAGCUGAGGGAUGAGCUGCGAUUGGAAGAAGCUAGACUGGUGCUGUUAAAGAAACUGAGACAGAGUCAGCUACAGAAAGAGAACGUGGUCCAGAAGACUCCAGUUGUACAGAAUGCAGCAUCUAUUGUUCAGCCAUCUCCUGCCCAUGUAGGACAGCAAGGUCUAUCCAAGCUUCCCUCUCGGCCCGGGGCCCAAGGGGUUGAACCUCAGAAUUUGAGAACAUUACAGGGUCACAGUGUCAUCCGUUCAGCGACCAAUACCACCCUCCCACACAUGUUGAUGUCUCAACGUGUGAUUGCACCAAACCCAGCCCAGUUACAGGGUCAGCGGGGCCCACCUAAGCCUGGCCUUGUACGCACCACAACACCCAAUAUGAAUCCCGCCAUCAAUUACCAGCCGCAGUCAAGUUCUUCUGUUCCCUGUCAGCGCACAACAUCCUCUGCCAUCUAUAUGAACCUUGCCUCCCAUAUCCAGCCAGGGACCGUGAACAGAGUGUCCUCACCACUUCCUAGCCCCAGCGCCAUGACUGAUGCUGCCAACUCACAGGCUGCAGCCAAAUUGGCCCUUCGCAAACAGCUGGAAAAGACACUCCUGGAGAUUCCACCCCCUAAACCACCUGCUCCCUUGCUUCACUUCCUGCCUAGUGCAGCCAAUAGCGAGUUCAUCUACAUGGUAGGCUUGGAAGAAGUCGUACAGAGUGUCAUCGACAGUCAAGGGAAAAGCUGUGCCUCACUUCUGCGGGUUGAACCAUUUGUUUGUGCCCAGUGCCGCACAGAUUUCACCCCUCACUGGAAGCAAGAAAAGAAUGGUAAGAUUCUGUGUGAGCAAUGUAUGACCUCCAACCAGAAGAAGGCUCUAAAGGCAGAACACACCAACCGGCUGAAAAAUGCUUUUGUUAAAGCCCUACAGCAGGAACAGGAAAUUGAACAGCGAUUACAGCAGCAGGCAGCCCUUUCCCCUACUACGGCUCCAGCUGUGUCCAGUGUCAGUAAACAAGAGACCAUAAUGAGACAUCACACGCUUCGGCAGGCUCCACAGCCCCAAAGCAGCCUCCAGCGUGGCAUACCCACAUCUGCCCGUUCCAUGCUCUCCAACUUCGCACAGGCACCCCAGCUGUCUGUGCCAGGUGGCCUCCUUGGUAUGCCAGGUGUCAACAUUGCAUACUUGAACACUGGCAUCGGAGGACACAAAGCCCCCAGUUUGGCAGACCGACAGCGGGAAUAUCUUUUAGACAUGAUCCCUCCCCGGUCUAUAUCGCAGUCCAUCAGUGGACAGAAAUAACGCCUGUUCCACUUGUACUGCCCCAACCUUGAAUCCUUUACCCCUCUCCUCUCCCAUUGUCCCCAACUUCCGUCGCAUGCAGUGCCUGUACUGGUGCCUACCAUACACGGAAAACAAAACAGAAAAACAGAAGACAAAAAGUAGAAAUCAACAAGAAAACACAUGCCCUGCCCCGCCACCUCCCCUUUGUUUCACACUGCUGCGAUCUGUUCUUCUGCCGCUCUGUCUUCUCUUCAGUUUUCUUUAACACUGAGGUGGACCCUUGCCUCUGACAGAGGUCAGAAUGAGGUCCUGGGGAGAAAUGUAAGCCCUCUGACGUGUGUCUAAAGUUCGUUUUUAUGCUAUAAUUAUUAUCAUUUUUAAUGAUGUUGUGUGUCCUCCCUUUGUUCAGUGGACGGUUAAACCUUUUUAUUUCCCCCCCAGUAUUUUUCUUUUUCUCUUUAGUCUUUUUUUUUUUUUUUUUUUU